CUACGAUAAAUAUUUAUUCACUUAAACAGCAGUACAAUGUUGAAAGAGUUGAAGGAAAUUCAAAAAAGGUAAUAAAUAGAAGGGUUGAAUUUGAACGUAGUAGAGAAUUAGAAUUGAAAAAAAAAGGAGAAUAUGACUAUGAAAUUACGCGUCCAUCAAAAUCAAGCAGUUAG